UGCACAUAAGAGACUGAAUCUUUCUCAAGGUUUGGAGGAGUUUUGGAAAACUGAUUUUUGCUUUCAUUGUUAUUUUAUAUGCUUUGGAGAAAUGCUCAUGGUUACUUUUCUUCUUUGGGUUGUCUUGGCUCGAGGUGUGACAGCUCCUUGCAGCCCAAAUAAAGCAGAUGUAAUUUUGGUGUAUUGUUACCCUAAAGCCAUCAUUACAAAAAUCCCCGAAUGUCCAUAUGGCUGGGAAGUUAAUCAACUGGCUCUUGGAGGAAUCUGCUACAAUGGAGUUCAUGAAUUAGGGUAUUACCAGUUUACAAUUCCAGAUCUGUCGCCCAAAAAUAAAUCGUACUGUGGAACACAAUCGGAUUUCAGAAGCCCUGUCUACCACUUUUACAAUUCCAUUGUCUCCAAUGACAGCUCUGUGAUAGUGAAGAGCCAGCCUGUGAAUUACACAUUUACAUGUACAUAUCAUGCAAACUAUCUGGUGAACCAUGCGGCCUUUGACCAAAGAGUAGCAACAAUUCAUGUGAAGAAUGGAAGCGCUGGUUCAUUUGAAAGUCAGCUGUCCCUCAACUUCUAUUCAAAUGCCAAGUUUUCAAGCAAGAAGGAAGCCCCUUUCAUAGUGGAAACGUCAGAUAUUGGUUCAGAUGUGUUUACUGGAGUGGAAGCAAAGGGCUUAAGUAACAGAUUUAAAGUAGUGCUGACCAAUUGUUGGGCAACCCCUUCAGCAGAAUAUUUCUAUCCAGUCCAGUGGCCUCUGAUAGCUAAGGGGUGUGCAGCAGAUGAUUCCAUCUUAGUACAUGAAAAUGGGAAAGACAGCCGGGCCACCUUCCAGUUUAAUGCAUUUCGGUUUCGGAAUAUUCCCAAGCUUUCCAAAGUGUGGCUGCACUGUGAGACACAUGUGUGUGACAGUGAGAAGUUUUCCUGCCCAGUGGCAUGUGAAAAACGGAGCCAACAUGUGGAACGAACAGGUGGUGUUUUAAUGGCAGAACUAACUGUGAAGAAUAAAGGGCUAUCCAGGAAUUGCAGCAUUUCAGAUCUUCUUUGCCGUUUAUUUCUGUUCCUCGGUUUCUGUGCAGUUCUACAAUAAUACUCUACCCGACAUCAGCUGCUAGUUGCUACCAUCAUGGUAAUCUACUACCACAAAGAAAUGUUUAUUCUGUCUGUUGAAUUUUAUGGGAG